UAAAAAACCUCAUAUCAGUCCAAACGUUUUUGAAAUAAUUCUCAAGUAGAGAAGAUAUUUUUGGAGUUUUGAUCACAUCAGCUGAAUUUCUUCUCGAAAAAUUAUUUAAUUAUGUUCAAGAUCAUAUAAUUAAAAAACAGACGAUUUGGAUAAAACAAAAUUUCGCUUAUGUUUUUUAUACAACUUUUAAACUUGAAAAUUGCGAAAAAUUGCAGGAUUAUUGUAUGGAAUGUAUGAGUGAAGAUCCACAAUUAUUUACUUCAAAAAAUUUUCCAUCACUUGAAGAAGAUAUUCUUUAUAACUUACUUAAACGAGACGACUUGCAGAUCGAAGAAAUUGUUGCUUGGGAUUUUUUAAUUAAUUGGGGUAUUGAACAAAUUUCUGGUUUGGGAAGCGAUAGAACAGAUUGGAGUGAAGAUGAUUACGAAGCAUUAAAGGGAACUAUAAGUCAAUUUAUUCCUCUUAUUCGGUUUAUGGAUAUUUCUCCCGCAGAUUUUUACGAUAAAGUUCGUCCUUAUAAACCUGCUAUUCCUCUUCAUAUUUAUGAAGAAUUUAAAGAAUUCUAUUAUAAAAAAACUUUGUCAAAAACCGAAAUCUUACCGCCACGAAUUGGAAAACUAAAAAUCGAAUCAAAUCUUAUAAAUUCAAAACUAGCUAAUAUAAUUGCUAGUUGGAUCGAUAAAAAAGAUUUAAACAAUAUAUCAUCCAGUGACAAGUACAAUUUUGAUCUUCUUUAUCGUGGUAGCGAGGAUGGAAUUAAUUCAAAGUCAUUUCGUGUUAAAUGUAAUUACCGAGGUUCUUGCUUAGUAUUAGUUAAAAAAAAAAAAUCAACAGAAAUUUACGGAGGGUAUAAUCCAAUUGGAUUUACAAAUUCUAAUAGAAAAUACCCUGCAAGUGAUAGUUUUAUAUUUUCUUUCGAAAAUGGUGAAGAUAUUCAAAAUAUGAAAAUAAGUCGUGUGAAUAGUAAAUGUAUUAAUUAUGCGAUAUGCGAGCAACAUAACAACGGAUUUAAUUUUGGCAAUACAUUUUAUUUUACGGGAGGUCAUGUAUUCUUUGGUAAUUCCGAUAUUUACGAUAAUAUAGGAAAUGUCUCAGAAUUAAAUAUGAAUCCUAUACCAGAGGAAAUUGAAGUUUUUAAAGUAACGUGUGUAAAAAAAAAAUAAUUUUUUUUUAUUAUAGAAAUGUUG